UGGAAACUCCAACCUCUCUACCUCUCAAGUUUUUGAUUAUUUUUCUUUUUCAUUUUAGUUUAUCUUAUUUUAUUGUUUUCGAGCUUCUCUACCGUGUCUCACAUAUUUACAUCCAGACGUUCCACUUGCGUGCUUCACCAAACAAGGAAACCCGAACAGUACCUUGGUACCUAACCACCUGGACCAGCAACAACACCUAGUAGGACCUGGAAGGCAAUAACAAAAAACACUGCCCCAAUUACCAACUACGUUUACGCACCACGCUGGCCCACCAAUCUUGUCAAUCGACCAAUCUCCCCUAUUUUGUACAUAGCACUCCGUCACCCGAACUCGUACUCUGUACCUGAUCUCGUCCCGUCUCUUUUAACUCUUCCUCUGUUUUCCUAUUCAUCAUUCUUUGGCCUCCUUUUUUUUUGGAUUUUGACCUUUUCACUUGUGUGAAUCCGUCUUUCCCUUCUCUCGUGCAUCUUCAGACCUCCCGUCUUCAAUCGCCCCGACCUCUCUCCACUUUGAUCGACGCCUGCCCCAGAUUCGAGACUUGUGUUGACGCCGGCUCACCCAUCGCCCAAACAAUUUUCUUCUUCGAUUUUCGGCGAACCCCCUUCGCCAACGCUCGUUGUCGGGUGCUGUCAGAACUGCAGAUCCAACCGGCAAACCACCGACGACUGUCAUACGGAUUUCCGCAAGCCUAUUUGACACGCACAAAAAAGAGUGUAGAGUGUCAACAAAAUACCGACAGGCUACGAGGCAUAUACCACAAAUCUGUCUUAAUCGGUGGCAUUCCCCCAAGUUCGUUGCUGAUAUCUUUCAUAUCCAGUGCGCUCGGUCAUUGAGGAGGUGAAACCGAAUUUCGACCUACAGAAAGAUAUCGCUUCACCAGGUUGGCAGCGUUCGUCACCCGCGCCUCCUUACGACACCGCAGCCCGUCAAAGCACUGCUAAAUCGCAGCUCGCGCGCCAGAGCAACAGAAAGAGGCCAUAACCCUCUUUGACGGGCCUGACUGGGCGGAGAAAAAAAAAAAAAAGGCGUCUGUCUUGUAGCCGGUUAAGGAAACCGCCCCGGACAUCUAUAUGCCUAGAUUCUCGGUCGCGUUCGGAAGGCGGAAGUCGACCGCUGAAAACGCUGACAAUGCUCCGGCAGAGCCGUCCUUUCGUGUUCUGGAGCGUCCCGAUGCUGGCGGGAACAAAUUCCAUGAGGCUGGCAAGUCUUUCGAUGGGGCCAUGAGGUUGGGAGGCAAGGCCCCUUCUAGGCCCAAAACGAGUGGCAGCGAUAUACAUCACGACAAUUUGUUCGCCGGCAUCAACAGGGGAAGCGCAUCCUCGAGCACCACCAAGGCCACGUCGACUGACAACUCCUCGCGCCAUAGCAACACUUCCACUGCACCAUCAUCUGCUGAUUCUGGUGAUGUACCGGUGCCGCCUAUCCCCAAGUCUUCUUCGGCGGGACUCUUGAAGGCUGCCGGUCGAACGUUCUCUUUUGGGGGAGGAAAGAAGCCUCUGCCCGUUUCACCAGCUGAACAAGAGCCAGUCCCGCCGCUGAAUUCCGGAGCCCAGGAUUAUAAUCAAAUCUUGGCUCCUACUAGACCAAGGGCUACAACUACUUCGACCUCGACGACCGUAACACCACCCAGAGUGGAGGACGACCUUGGCAUGGAUUUGGGGGGUGACUUUGAGAAGAUGGUGCUUGGAAAUGAGAAGAGAGUUACAAUGGUGGGCAAGCAGAACAACCAGAACAGCCAAACCACACAACCCGGCUUGGGACCGAGAUCCUUGACUGGAAAUCGUCUCAGCCAGCCGUCGCCUAUUCAGGUUGACAGAACCGCAAAGGUGGAGCCUGCGCAACCGUCAUGGACCAGCCAGCGCUCCAACGACCAGCUGCUCUCGCCAACUAGCCCUCCCCAUUCGCCCCGAAACAGGGAAAUGACCUCCCCUCCGUCUCGCCAUAUGUCGCCUUUGGCUCGCGGGGCUACUCGACCCAGCGCCUCCCCAGAAUCGAACCCAAGGAAGCCGCUGCUCGCGCACCAAAACUCGGACACGGAACAGGGCGAGGGCGAAGAUGAGGAGGCAAGGCUUUUGAUGGAUUCGUUAUCCACUGUGAGCAAGUAUAUGGAUGAAGGAGGUGCGCAAUCUAUAUCCGGCCCCUCUGCUGGUUCACGGUAUCGCAGGGGUGGAAACGGUCUGCCGUCUGGGUUCAAGGACACUGCUCUGGGUGAUGACGAUAGUCUUUUCGAUACCAACCACAGCUACGCAUACGAAACAACAGUGAGCCGUAACCGUGCCCAAGACAUGCAGUCACAAGGGGCCAACAAGGUCAUGACCCCGGCUGAGUUUGAGAAGUAUCGAAAGGAUAAGGAACGUCAGGACAGGGAGCGGCAAAUGGACAUUGCAAGAAAUCAGGACAAAAGCACGGCUGGCGAGGAAGACGAUGAGGACAACUACGAUGAUGAGGAGGAUGAUCUGGAAAAGGCAAAACAGCAAGCAAAGCAGAGGAAGAAGCAGGAAGCCCAUAUGUCCGUUUACCGACAGCAAAUGAUGAAGGUUACUGGAGAGUCGGCGAACGCACCCAUGCCACGGCCUAACCUCCAAAUGUCUUUCAGCACUCCAAAUCUGCAGAUUUCUGCGACAGGUACAGCCACGUCAGAUAAUUCGGAUGAAGACGAGGAAGUUCCUCUGGCCAUUCUCGCCGCCCAUGGCUUUCCCAACAAGAACCGGCCUCCGACCCGUUUGAGCACCAUGAUGUCGAACCCCAACCUCCGCGCCGCGCAGGAACCUAGCUAUCAACGGCCGGGGUCUGCAGCUGGCGGAGCAGCGGCAGCGAUAGGCGGUCACCUCCCAGCUUUUGCCAGGAACCUACCUCAGGACCCCUUCCUCGGUGCCGGUCUCGUUCGCAACAAUCCGCGCGAGAACUUUGCCCUGGGAGGAGGUAGCCCUGCUCCCGUUUAUCCCAACCCGGCCGGCCCUCCUGGUGGCCUAAUUGGCGUCAUUGCAAGCGAAGAAAGAGCGAGAGCAAUGAGACGGGGCAGCCCUCAUAUUGAAGCUCAACGGCCCAAUUCUGGUGCUGCCACCUUCGAUCCUCUUGCCGGCAUUCCUCCGCACAUGCUGUACGCCAAUAAGCCCAGCCUGACUCCCGGGGACCAAGCCCAAAUUCAGAUGACGCAGCAGAUGCAACAGUUCAUGCAGAUGCAGAUGCAAUUCAUGCAGAUGAUGGCGGGGCAAAACAGCACUGGAGCACCACGUCCAGAAGGGCAUAUGGCCACAGGUUCAAUUGGAAGCAUAGGCUCUGCGGCCGGCAUGUCAGGCGGGUUUGCUGGAUUGCCGCCAAUGCAUGGUGUUCCCGGUGGCCUGGGACUUGGCGGACCUGAUUUGCGGCAUUCCUUCAUGGGCAAUGAAUCGAUGCUAGAUCUGCCCCCCCCUCGAGGCGAUGCCCAGAAGCGCACCAUGAGCAUGGUCCAGCCCAGCUCGGCAUCCUGGAUCCAUCCGCAACAGCCUGCUGGUUUUGCUCCGUCAAUUCGAGUUACAGGAGGUUAUGCGCCGUCGAUUGCGCCCUCGGAACGCAGUAACGUUGGGCUUCCUGGCCGAUACCGGCCCGUAUCACAAAUGGCACCCCCAGCUCUACCAGCAAUGUCGGCAACUGUGCAGCCGUUGGGCGCAAGUCAUAUGCGCAAGUCCUCGACCAUGUCGGGGGUCAACCAGCCUACUGUUACCGCAAAGCAGUCCGGCAGUGCUUCGGAUGACGACGACGACGAGCAAGGAUGGGAGGACAUGAAGGCCAAACGCGAAAAAAAGAGGUCCCUGUGGAAGAGGAAGAAGUCAGUGAGUGGCGCUGCCGGCACACUUAUCAUGUGAAAGUGAUAUACCUUUGUGCCUAGGACCGUAGGAAUUCCCCAGACCGAAGUUGGGUAGGGUUGGGCAGUUUGUUUCUUGUGUCCCGGGCUCCGUGUGACAAGAAGGAAGGAUAGAAGAUGUAAGUUGAGGUUCGAACAUAUUGUAAAUGCGCAUCACUUUAAAAAAGGGGGGUCUUUGUUUACUGGGCGAGAUGGGAGUUCAAUUACCUGCUAUCUUCAUUCAUUCGAACUGCUUGGGGGACGUUUCACGAUAGACUUACACAACCCAUCAGUAAUAUAGUAAUUCCAACGUCACGCAUGGUCGAAUACUUUAUACCUCGCCCACGUUGUCGUCGAGCGCAUCGAGCGCAUCUCAACCUGGGAUGGAGUUCUAGCCCUUAGUAAAGCGGUGCAUCCUCUCAUUGGGACGAGACCUGCCUGUCCUUCGACUGUGCAAAGUUUUCAUCACACGAAGCAUCAGUCGUGUCACAAAGUGCUCUUGGUCACCCCCCUUUCCCCGCGUCUGGAGUACGAACAAACCAGGCUAGAAAUGGGUCCCAUGCAUAUUUACUGGCCGCCACCAUAGAUGAUAUUUCUCUCUUGAUGUGAAG